CGGUGCGGUAGAGCGGGAGCCAUGUCGGGGCGCGGGAAGCAGGGCGGCAAGGCCCGCGCCAAGGCCAAGUCGCGCUCGUCCCGCGCCGGCCUCCAGUUCCCCGUGGGUCGCGUCCACCGGCUGCUCCGUAAAGGCAACUACGCGGAGCGGGUGGGCGCCGGCGCUCCCGUGUAUUUGGCAGCUGUCAUGGAAUAUUUAACAGCCGAAAUCCUGGAGCUGGCGGGAAACGCCGCUCGGGAUAACAAGAAGACGCGGAUCAUCCCCCGGCAUCUGCAGCUGGCGGUGCGCAACGACGAGGAGCUCAACAAGCUGCUGGGCGGCGUCACCAUCGCGCAGGGCGGGGUCCUGCCCAACAUCCAGGCCGUGCUGCUGCCCAAGAAGACCGAGAGCCACAAAGCCAAGGGCAAGUGAGGCAGCGGGAGGAGGGGGGGAAGCAGCUUGGAGACGGCCUGGAGGUUUUCAUUUUUUUUUUUUUUAAUAAAUGCAAAGGCUCUUUUCAGAGCCACCCAACGUUUCA